CGGUUGCAUCCAUGCUGCUUUUCCCCUGGUGAGAGCUCUGCUCAUGCUGUGGUGUCGCCCUAUCUCGUUGAGAUGACUCGAUAAAUGCUGUCAACAGAGGAUUCCUUGAUAAUAUCAAUGCAUGUGGCAUCGACAACACACUUGCUCCAGAUCUCAUUCGACACCUGCUCAUAGAGGACUGCGAAGCAUCGAGCGAUUGAGUCUCCUCAAGUCAAAGUCUACAUGGUUCGAGCGCAUCAUGCCGUUGCAAGGCUUGCGGUUCGUGUGUCUCCGGGUUCAGGCACAUCAUGGAUACACCUCUGCCACCUAGUUGAACCUUUCGCACUGUGGCCAUGCUUCCUGCCAACGGCUGCCUUUAUAGUUACGGCUUACAGGGCAUUGAUAUAUAAGGCAUGUUCUCAUGCUCAUUGCUGGUCGUGUGACAGACAUGCAGACGUCUGGACUGUGUCAGUGCUAGGACUAAGCAUAAAGUUUCAUACAGUUGGAGGAGUCGUUGCGUCGCAAGUUCUCAAAUUUAGAUGGGCAACUUGCCCUCUCUCAAGACCACUCACUCAAAAGUUGACACAAGAGGCUCGAACAGAUCGCAUGAGAAUAAUUGGAAAUGCUAUUGAUACGGUGUAUCGAAUACGGUCCAUCAGUUCAAAGACUUUGUCUACCUGAAUAUUGGUUGAUCAGAAAGGCACAAGCGCCGACAGCACGACCACUGAAUCUGAUCCUCUUGCAGUCACUCUGCUGAAGUUCGUAGCAAUGACGGUUGUGCGCAC